UCCUUUCUUGGCGUCAACUCAUAACCAUUGCAAAACCACAACUAAAAUCCAUUUCCUUCAAUCAAGUUUUUGUUCGCAGCUGCCAAGUUUCAAUUGCUACUCCACCGGAGUCAUCUGCUGAAUUUUCCCCAAAAUUUCUAAUGGCAUCAAGCGCAAACAAGAACAUCAACGCUAAGCUGGUACUCCUAGGAGAUGUCGGAGCUGGAAAAUCUAGUCUAGUGUUGCGUUUUGUGAAAGGGCAGUUCGUUGAGUUCCAGGAAUCGACAAUAGGGGCUGCCUUUUUUUCACAAACAGUCGCUGUGGAUGACGCAACUGUGAAAUUCGAGAUAUGGGACACGGCUGGUCAAGAGAGAUACCACAGCUUAGCUCCAAUGUAUUACAGAGGGGCUGCUGCGGCCAUCAUUGUCUAUGAUAUCACAAAUCUAGCCUCAUUUGACCGAGCCAAAAAAUGGGUUAAAGAGCUACAAGCACAAGGUAAUCCAAAUAUGGUUAUGGCACUUGCUGGGAAUAAAUCAGAUAUGUUGGAUGGACGAACGGUUGCACCCGAGGAUGCUCAAACUUAUGCCCAAGAGAAUGGUCUUUUCUUUUUGGAAACUUCUGCAAAGACAGCAAUCAACGUCAACGAAGCAUUUCAUGAAAUAGCAAAGAGAUUGCCACGGCUGCAGCAGACACCAAACCCAUCGGGCAUGGUCCUCGUGGAUCGACCAGCGGAAAGGGCAAAUAGUGCUUCUUGUUGUUCUUGAAAAUUCGACCGUAUCAAGCUCGUGUUAUGUCCAUAGCAGUGAGAGCUUACUCUUGUGUACCCUCCAUAUCUGUACAUAUGAUUUCAGCUUUAUAUAUGCAUUCCCCAUUUAGUUGAAGA